AUGUGGACACAGAUCAGCUUCCAGUUGAGAGAGUAUUGGGUUUACAGGAGCAUUGAAACAGACGAGUUCAAGUUCAGAACCUCUGUGCAGGACCGUCCACACACCAGAAGGGGCAUUUUGUCUGUGGUUAGCUCACUGUAUGAUCCCUUGGGAAUCCUGGCUCCCUUCAGUAUGCCAGCUAAACUGUUGCUACAAGAACUUUGUCGACAAAAUUUGAAGUGGGAUGAAGUUAUUCCCCAUUCUCUCUCUAGGAAGUGGCUUGAUUGGCUGGAGGAUCUCCAGCUGAUAUCCAGUUUUAAAGUGGAUCGUUGCAUCAAACCAAGUUGCAUCAGGAAACCAGAUAAAGCACAACUUCAUCAUUUCUCUGACGCAAGUCAAGAUGGCUAUGGAACAGUGUCAUAUUUAAAACUGGAAAAGAAUAACAUCUCACAUGUUGCUUUCAUUUUAGGAAAAACAAGAGUUGCCCCCAUGAAGCAAACGACAAUCCCGAGGUUGGAAUUGACAGCUGCUGUUCUUGCAGUUCAAGUAAAUAAACUGCUGCAGAAAGAGCUGCAAAUACAGUUGGAAAAACCUGUUUUCUGGACUGAUAGUAGAACAGUACUAAAAUAUAUUUCCAGUGAAACUAGAAGAUUUCACACCUUUGUUGCAAACCGAAUCUCUGUUAUCCGAGAAGCAACAGAUGUGAAUCAGUGGAGAUAUGUUUCCUCCAAGGAGAAUCCUGCAGAUGAUGCAUCUAGAGGCAUGAGAGCUGAGGAGUUCCUCAAAUGCAGGAGAUGGAUAAAUGGACCUGAAUUUCUCCACAGAUCAGAGGAGGAAUGGCCCAAACUGGAUGUGGAUCACCAUGCAAUUCCUGCAGAUGACCCAGAGGUCAAGAAGGACCUAACAAGACCCUGGAGGGAGAAUCAGUCGCCGAAGACCCUGGAGGACCCGUCGUAG